UUAAAUUAAUAAAUAUGAAUACGUACUUUCAGUUUCUCUGUUUUGCAGUUUAUGAAAUGAACUUAUUUUAAUUUAUAAUUUGAUGUUAAUGAAUCCAUACUUUUAAUGAAGUGAUAUUUGUGUGGAUGAUGGAUUCCAAAAAAAUUGAAUGGUUUACAAUAUUAGAACCAUGUACAAAAGAAGAAAUAUUUGUGAACAUGUUCACUGGAGAAUGUGUUUGGUGUCCACCUCCUGGGGCUUUAAUAAAAAAGUCUGAUGACAAUCUAUGGUGGGAAAUAUUUGACCCCAAAUCAUCUCGCUUUUAUUACUAUAACGCUGCUAACCAGAAAACUGUCUGGCAAAAACCUCAAAAUAGUGAUGUACUAUCUCUUUCGAAACUGCAGGCAUUAAAACAAAGUAUACAUGAUCCUGAAAAUGGAGAAAUUAGAAAAGAGUCAACCUCAACUCAGACCUCUGCUAAAAUAAGUGCCAAAAAUAUACAAAAGCCUAUGUUCCAGAAAUCUGCCUCUACUCAAACUGCAUGUAUGCCAAGCCCAGGAAAAGAAAAAAUAAGACAUGGUUUUUCGUCACGGUCUGAACAUGCACUCUCAACAUAUUCUUACGAUUCUGGCUGCCCUACUGAUUCAAGUAUACCAUCUCAAAGUCACAGUUCUUUAGAUAGUACUAAUUAUCACUGUUACAGGAAAUUGGAAUUUUGUUCUGCUGAAAGUGUAGAUUCACCUUAUUUUCAAGAUCAAAAUAUCAUACAACCUAGAAUUUCUUGGCAAGAAUCAAAACAGUGGAGUGAUAGGUGCCCAAAUCUUGAGUUCAGCAAUGCAUCAAGAUCUGGGCAUACUAUACAGAGACCGAUGCUUGGGAACAUCAUUCCAGUGUGGAAGCAACAUUCGUUCGAGUGCUGGCAAGCGCCUCCUCGUAGUACUCCUAAACAGCACAGUUUAGACUCUGCUGCACCCAACACACACCGGCAUGCAUCUCAGCAACUUUGUCUCGGUAAAAGUUGCAUGAAUUUCAGCAACAGCAAUGAACCAAAAAGAAGGUCUACUCCACAACACUAUCGGAAAGUGCUUUCCAAAAAUUCAUUGUCAUUCGGUUUGGAUCAAAUUAAGCAAACAGCCAGCUACAUGAUUGAGAACAACACUACUUAUCCUCCCGAGGCUGUUGGCACACCCCUCGCUAGUCGAAAACAGUGGUUUGUUAAAGGCUCUCAUAAAUCGGAUAUCAACAGCUGUCGGAAAGCCGAAAGCAGCACCUCGAGUCCUCAAAGUCCCCUCAUGCCUUUGGAGAAUUUGCAGUCUUUUAAUCGAAGCAAAAGCAAUCUCCAUGUCCCUCUGACUAAAUAUACGGAUCAUAAUAUGUCGGGUUACAAACAGCAGCAACACUCUCUUGAUUUACCUCUACAUUCUUACAAUACUCGUAACAUGCAAAGGAAAGAGCCAAGGUACGUGCCUGAGCUGAUCAUGCCCCAGUCUGUUCAGCCGAAGUGUAAAAUUUCUCCUGAGUAUAAAAGUGGAAGUUUCAGAGGAGAGGGAAUGCUGUCUCGUCAGAGAUAUUAUAAUUCUUGCAAGCAUAUUUAUGCAUGUCAAAAUGACCACACUGUUUUGUGUACGACCCCUGAUUUUAAUAUGCCUUGUUGUUAUCAAGGGGAAAAUUAUUUAUCACCAUUGCAACAAUAUUUGAUGGAACAAGCUAGACUCUCAGGAAAUCUAACUGAUUUUGGUGAUGACAAAGAUUCAUUUUCCCAAAGUGAUGAUGAUUCAGAUGGGCAAAGAGACGACGAUGAUCAUUUUGCUGAUGAUGAAGGAAUGAGCCGUCAUGAUUCUUCAUCCUUAGAAUACCUUGAUAAUUACAUAUUUGUAGAUGAUAGUGAACACUACUAUUCUCCCAUACUUCAUCCAUCAUCUUAUCCUAAAAGCAAAUCAAAUGCUCAAGUUUCUGGGCCUAAUUAUCCAAAAGAAAGAGAAGCAGAAGACCUUAUCUCUUCUUCGUCUAUUUAUUCUGUUCAUGAUUCAAAUCAACAACCAUGUUUACCUUCCUAUUAUGAUUCAUAUGGGGACAAAUCAGACGAGUUGGUCGAAUACAAUGAUGUUGAAGAAUCAGAGGAAGGAGAAUGCUCCACUAAAGGUGAUAUACAGAAAUAUGCGGAAGAUAAUUUAAAUCGACAUACAAAAGGGAUUUUUCGUAAAAAAUUCUCUCUUCAAGAUAUGCUUUCUUGGUCUAAGGAUCCUAUUAGAAAACCUAUGAUAACCACUACUGACAAGUCUCUGAAACGUGAUGCAUGUGAAAUUUUCAAACAAAUCCAGACAUAUAUGUUGGAUCACAAAACCAAAUCUGGUCAAACUUAUGAAGCUGUGGUUCUGGAUAUUGCUACGAGAGGAUGGAGCAAACCUGCUUUGAGAGAUGAACUUUAUAUUCAGAUUUGUAGGCAAACAACAGAAAAUCCUAAAAGAGAAAGUCUUGUUUUGGGCUGGGAACUGAUGGCUGUAUGCUUGACUUUCUUUCCACCAUCAAUGAAGUUUCAACCUUAUCUAGAAGGAUAUAUUAAAAAGCAUCAGAGCAGCAGUUUAGAUCCUCCAGAUUUAAAAAUUAGCCACUAUGCAUUAGUAUGUGGUAAAAGAUUAGAGCAAAUAUCCCACAAGGGAGCUGCCAGGAGUUCAAGAAAACCUACUGUUGAGGAAAUAGAACAGUCUAGAGUGCAAAUAUUUCGCCCCUCAAUGUUUGGUAACAGCCUUGAUGAAGUGAUGGAUUUGCAAAAGAAAAGAUUCCCAAAUUACUCUCUCCCAUGGGUUCAGACUACCUUGUCUGAAGCCGUACUUCAAUUAGAUGGUGCCCAUACUGAAGGAAUAUUCAGAGUACCUGGUGAUAUUGAUGAAAUCAAUUCCAUGAAAAUGAAGAUUGACCAGUGGGAAUUAAUCGAGUGUGACGAUCCACAUGUUCCAGCAUCUUUGUUGAAACAGUGGUACAGAGAACUAUUUGAACCCCUGAUUCCUGCAGAAUAUUACGAAGAAUGUAUCACUUACUGCAAUGAUCCAGAUGCUGCUGUUCAAAUCGUGAAAAAUCUACCUGAGUUAAAUAGGCUGGUGUUUUCAUAUUUAAUACGCUUUUUGCAAGUUUUUGCUGCAGAAGAGAAUUGUGCUAUCACAAAAAUGGAUUCAAAAAAUUUGGCUAUGGUUAUGGCCCCAAACUGCCUGCGCUGCACAUCUGAAGACCCCUCUGUUAUUUUCGAAAACACCCGAAAAGAAAUGGCGUUUAUCCAAACGCUGAUACAACACUUAAACACGAGCUACAUGGAAGGCAUUAUGUAAAAAGAAGGAAAAGAAAAGAAAACUGUUGUCACUGUUAAAACCUGCAAUAAAAUGAACUUUCCAAAACAUUUAAAACUGUUAUCAAAACCUUAAUUUCUUGUUGUGAAAUGAAGAAAAAAAAAUAGUUGCUAUCUGAUUGAAAAAGAUGAUUUUAUCAACAAACAUAUAUAUACAUAUAUAUCUAGUGAAGGUGCUAUUUUAUUGGUUUGUGAAUCAAUAGUAUAUACAUGAUAGUAAAAGGUAAUGCAAGUUUAAGAUAUAUUUUAUAAAAAAUUGUGAUAAAGCUACUUUUCUUUAAAAGGUUUUGAAUGUAAAGGUUUGGUUGAAAAGGAGUUUUUAUAAUACUUCGUCGUUCGACUCAAGGACAAGUAAUUACUAUUUUAAUGUUUUUCACUGACAAGCCUAAUGUGGGAAAAUUUACUUUAUUGAUGUUGGUGCUUCCACAAGCAGUUCAUAUAAAUACAAGAAUGCCAAACUAUUGAGGUGGAGUCGAGAGCCGAUAAACUUGUCAUAGGGGGGCUAUAGACAAAUAUUGGGUUAGAGACAAAUAGAUGCAUUUUAUCAAUAAAAUUAAAAUAAAAACAGUAGAGCAUCAUUUAUGGGUAUUUCAACUAUUAAAAAUAAAGAAAACGUUCAUUAAAAUGCUUUCUUAAUCAAAAACUGAAUUAAUUUUGUUACGAUGCUCCUAUUUUUUGCGCUUGUUAACUGUAUACCUAAAAGGGUUUUAUUCAAUUCAAUAAAUAAGAAAGCAUAUUUAUCACAGUUUUAAAGAAAUUUAUUUCAUUUAACUAAUAAGUGAAAAGCUUUUUAGUUUCUGUAACUUUAUAUUAAUGAUAGUAAAGGCAUAUUUUUAUUUGCAAAACUUAAAUUCAUGUCAUGUGUUUUUAUAGUUAAAACUUGAAUUCUGAAAAUGCGUAAAAACAGCUUUGUUACAAAAAAUUCUUAGUGAACUUUCAAAUAAAUUCCUGUAAAGUUAAA